GGAAAUUUCAGCCAUUUUUUGGACAAAACUUUUAUUUGGCGUUCAAAUUAAUUUCAAUUUAAAAAUCACCCAAAAAGUGGUCAAAAGAGUUGAUUGUCAUUGGGAUCCGAUUGAGUGAUGAACAACAAAGAGUUGCUGCACUGCCCGACACCGGGCUGUACGGGAAUGGGACACAUAUCUGGCAAUUAUGCCACCCAUCGCAGUCUGAGCGGAUGUCCGAAUGCAGACAAGGCUCAGGUUCUGGUCGCUCAGCAAGAGAUCAAGUUUUGUCCGACGCCUGGAUGUGACGGAUCCGGACAUAUAACCGGUAAUUACACGAGUCAUCGGAGUCUUAGUGGUUGUCCGCGCGCUCGAGACUUCAGACACAAGAAGCCAUUCAUUACGAGUCCGGCGAUGAGUUCUUUGGCCAACAAAUUGAAAGUGGAAAUCAUUACCGAUAACAGAGAGUUCCAGAGGAAUGAGUCAAAACUGAUUACUUUAAACCAAAUCCUAAAGAGUGAGAUCAAAGAUAAUGAGUUGAGUCGACAUACGCCCAAAACUGAUGGCCAGUCGUGUCCGACACCGGGCUGUGAUGGCAGCGGUCACAUCACCGGUAGUUUCCUAACACAUCGAAGUCUUUCUGGAUGUCCUCGCGUUGCGGCUAAUCUGGAUCUCUUUGAAGCCUCCAAAACCAAUGUCUAUAACUCAGACAAUAACGUUAAGAUAGGCUCUUGUAAUGGCCUCACCGGCCGAUUGAGUGCCAAGUAUUUGAGUGCAGACACGGGUAAGCUGUUGAACGGAUCCACAGAUGAUGUGCAGGUGAUCGAGGACCAGAUCUACGAACUGCGGGAACACAACACCAAAAUGGAGUCCGAAUUGAAUCGAAUUAAGUCUGAAUACAUUCAAUUGGAACAACAGAUCGAGUCAUACGAAAAGGUCGGCCAUCGAUGUCUCAAUUGA